UAAAGGGAGUAUUGGCAAAACUGGUUAUAAUGUUUAUGUUAAGGCGGCGGGAGGUGGUGUCUGCAGCUGCUGAAAGUAACUAAUAAAGUAACUUGUAAAGUAACUUAGUUACUUUUAAAAUCAAGUAAUCCAUAAAGUAACUAAGUUACUUUUUAAAGGAGUAAUCAGUAAUCAGUAAUCGGAUUACUUUUUCAAAGUAACUAUACCAUCACUGGGCAUGACCUAUGCUUUUUUCCCCUUAGAUUACUUUUAUUAAUAUUUACUAAUACUUUAAGUAGUUGAGAAACCAGUACUUUUACAUUUUUACUUGAGUAAAAAGCCUGAGUUGAUAUUUCAGCUGAAGUUUUUUUAACCCUAGUAUUUAUACUUCUACCUGAGUAUUGAAUAGGAAUAGUUUUAAUACCUUUGCAUGGCUGUACAUGUGUGAAUGUGUGUGUGUGUGUGUGUUCUCGGCUCUGUAAAAGGAGUGAAUUUGGUAACAUAAUUAAUUUACUUUUAAAAAAUACCUACAUUAAUGGCAUUACAAGAUGAAUCGCAUGCGUUGAUGCAUUGCUGUUGAGAGCACUACUGGAAACGACUAGUCUUGCAACCCUCUAUUAUUAGAGCUAACACUUAUUUUUUAAUGAAAUAAAAAUUUUAAAGGAAAGAGGAACAUACCAGCAUUACUACAGAUUAACAUAAUCUACUGUUUCUCUUCUGAAGAAUCCUCAGCAUUAAUCAGACGUCCUGACGCAUCUGCUGACGUCCUGCUGCUAAAGAAAAGGGCAUGGAGUUUUCCUGCAGACGGUGAGGGUGAAGUGGAUGUGGCACAUUCCUCAUAAACUGGGUGGAGUGAAGUCAUAGAAACAGUGUGUGAGGGAGUGAAGCAGCAUAUUUUCUACAGAGACAGUCCGUGUAGAGGAGUACAUGUGGAAGUUCCAACUGAUCCAAAACAUUAGCAUUUUUUAUUUACAGCAGACAUGGGGGAUUAACUGUACACCGAUGCCAGUGAUCCAUUUCAUCUAUCGUAGUGUUUCCUGCUACAGCCUGAUGACUUGUUUAGGUUGAGCACUUCAUAUUUUUUUUUUGUUGAUUGUACCCACAACUGGUUGGCCACGCUGAAGAUAUGGAGCUCUCCAUGCAGCAGUCACUGAAGAAGAACCAAUCUACAGAGAUGACCACUAAAAUCUCACAAUUCCACCAUUUCCUGUUUAAACAGUCAAGCCCGGGCUUUCAGUGGGAGUCCCAACCUAACCAAGAUGUCAGUCCAGGAGAUAUGCAAGAUCUCCUGACGACCAACCCACACGAGUUCAAACACUGCAAACUUAACAUGAUAAGACAUGACCUAGCACAUGCCAAACCUUUUAAAGAGCCAACCCUUUCAAUCAGCAUUACUGGAAGAGAUAAUAUAGGCAGAUCUUUACCUGGUGAUGAGGUCUGUGUUCAGAUCUUGAGCAGAGAACCUCAGGCAGAUGGAGGCAACCUGCUGACAGGGAAGGUUGUAGGACUGAUGCAUAGAGAUGAGGAAAGCUGUAACUUUAUCUGUAGGAUGGAAGGAAACAAACAGCUUGCGACACCCAUCAAUAACAACAUGACCUGGAUAUAUGUGGUUCAAAAAAAAGCAAACAAAAUAGAUGUCCGUAAGGUCCAGCCCAACAGUGACCAGUGGGUUACGGACAAAUUCAUAGAUAAAGAUGAUGAUCAGCUAUUAGUCGUCAAGGUGCUAAAAUGGGAAAAGCAUUGUACGUUUCCUCUUGGAGUGGUUACCAAGGUUCUUUCACAGAAGGAUUAUCUGGAUGAAAUGUUUCUGAAACUUUCUAAAGGGUUUGGUAAGGAAGACAACCCUACCUUGUCACCUCAACCCAAAGAUGAUGAAGAACAAGAUGAUAAAGACAGGCGGGAUUUUUGUGAAGAAAAAACAUUUACCAUUGAUCCCAGGGAUGCACAAGACUUGGAUGAUGCCAUCAGUGUGAUUGACAAAGGAGAAAACUAUGAGAUUGCUGUCCAUAUCACAGAUGUUGCAAGUUAUGUGAGCAAAGACAGUGAGGAGGAUGAAACUGCAAAACAGAAAGGCAGAACGAUAUACACUCGUCCCACCACAGAGGAAAAGGAAACCAUAUUCAUGAUCUCCAGGAAGCUGAGCUCUAAGAAACUGAGUUUAAUUCCUCAUCAGGAACGAAAGACCGUGUCACUGGUGUUAGGUAUUAGUAAAUCCAACAACACCAUAUUAUCCCGCUCUCUCACUCUCUCUCGUGUCAGGUCUCAGUUGCGUCUGUCAUAUGAGAAGGCAGACAGGAUCAUCCUCGAAAGAUGGUCACAGCCUCUGAGCUUCUCUAGUGAAAACGACUGUGUUGUCAUUGCCUGUCGUUUUGCCGAAGAGCACAGGAAGGGCAGGUUGGAGGGGGGCUGGAGUUCUGGACAGUGGUCAGAAAAGAGCAGGGCCCAGUGCAUGGUGGAGGAGCUAAUGAACCUCUACAACAGUGCAGUUGCAGAAUUUCUCAUCUCAAAUGACAUAACAAGAGAUCUCACCCCACUGAGAUGCCACCAGAAACCAGACCAUAAAGAUUUUGAGGAGUUUAAAGCCAAAUAUUCUUUUCUUCUCCCCAUGUCUCCUUACUUAUCACAUGUCUGUGAAGUUGAAGGUGUUCAAGAGGUAGAUGAACCCACUGAAGUUUGGUCAGGAGAAGAUGAAAUCAUUCAGGAAGAAGAUGGUGAGCCACUCAUCUUCUUCACAUCUGUAAUACAAAAAAUGAAAGCUCUGGCAGAAUCCAGAGACUAUCACACACUGGCAAAACUGAUCAUUUCAGACGACAUCCAUCCUUCACUGCGUCCAAUGGCAAAGGAGUUUCAGGACCUUCAAAAGAAGGCAGAGAUUUUGAGAUCUUGCACAUCCUUGCAGUCAAGGUUGGGACACUUCCAAUUGCAACUCAAUGCAUACACUUGCGCUUCUUCCCCCAUGAGACGCUACCUUGACCUGAUUCUUCAGAGACUUCUUCACAGUGUGCUCAGAGACGAGAAGGUGGACUACACAAAGUCAGAGAUUGAUCAGUUCUGUGACUCCAGUGUACAGCAGUUGGACUCUCUAAAAAAUUACGACCUCCUAGUUUCAAAAUUCAACACUGUUUCUAAAUUUCGUUCCACAGUUGUGACCAAACUCGCAGUAGUAGACCAGCUUUCCUUAAGGGAACAUAAAUUUGAGAUUUCACUUCCAUUUGAACAAAUGUCUGGGGACUUAACCAUCAUGUACAGACACCUAAAAGUUGUUGAGCAACCAGAGUGCAACCAUGACAAGAAAUCCAUUACACUACACUGGAAGAGAAGAGUGUAUUCAUUCAGUGAUGCUUUAAAAAUCAAGCCUCAGUCUAAGUUCAAUGAAAAUGUGACCCUAAUCACAGGUAGUAAGUGGAGACAAAUUACAUCUGCAGUUAAAGCUGAAGACUGGAAGAAGGUCAGAGUGUGCCUUGAACAUGUAAAAAAAACAGCAGCAAAUAGAAAAGACGAAAGACAGCAGAAAGUGACAAGUUCACAAGAGCACUUCAAGGAGUGUUACAUGGAACUCAAGUUAGGAGAAGUGCUGCAAGUGCAGGUUGGGACAGAUAUCAUAGACAGGAUGACCACACCAACGGUGAAGCUCCUCUACAUCAACCCAUUCUUUGAAGUGUGUUUGGAACAUGCAAGGAACCCGACCAUGUGCUUUUCCAGAGAUGUGUGCGACUCAUCAAAGUCAGUGUACCAGGAUUAUAAAGAGUACCAGAAGAUCUGGAGAAGGCUGUGUCAGAUGGACACGGCUUACAAUGCUGUGGAAGAAAAUAACAGCGUAAUCCUUCAAGAUGUGGAAAUAACCUGGACCCCACAAGACAAGAAGAACGAGGAAAACCUCAAGGGUUUCUUCCAAAUGACUCAGACACAGAAGAAAGAAUGGCAUCUGGAAUUUGAUCUGACAAACUGCUUUCUUUGUAUCCGGUGGAAGGGUCAACAUUUGGGGAAAGAGGAAGUGAAACAAAAAAAACAUCACAAUGGCUCUGGAUUUCCUGACUUGGAGGAUCCACUACCAAUCACAUGGGUCGCUCACGGUGUGGCCUUCAAAUCCAAAAAAGAAGAGGACGAAGAGGAAAACAAUAAACAAUCACACAACAUCAAAAUCCAAUUUCAAAUAAACCAUCAGAGUAUGACUGCCAAUCCAAAGGAAAUCUUUGACACGGGAACCAAGUUCACAGUAGAAGUAAUCCCCAAAAAAAUUCCAUAUAUGCUAAGAGAAAAUGCUGUGGCCAAAAUAAAACACGCUAAUGAUCUGGUGAAAAGCAUUGCCAUUGGGAACAUAUCCAAUGAACCUCUCAAAAGUGAUCACCUACCUUCAGAGGAUCACCAGACCCUGACUCUGCCACCGCUGAAUAAAAGUCAGAACAGAGCUGUGCAAAAGGCUUUGCAAAAUCCCUUCACUGUGAUCCAAGGACCACCAGGUACUGGCAAAACUGUGGUUGGGCUUCAUAUUACCUAUCAGUUCUACCUGAAAAACAAAACAUGCCAAAAACACAUGCCAAAAAAACAGAAAGAAGAACCAAAGAAGCGUGCCAUCCUGUACUGCGGGCCCUCCAACAAGGCGGUGGAUAUUGUGGCAGAACAGCUGAUGAACCUCAGAGGAGUCCUUAAACCUCUACGCAUUUACUGUGAUCAGAUGGAGAUGCGGGAAUUCCCUUACCCUGGCAGUGACCUUAAGCUCUGUCGCAAAUCUCUUCGUGAUGAAAAGCCCAAGAAAAAACUCAGGGACAUUACACUGAUGUACCUGAUACGAGAACCCGAAAACCCUUUCUCGGAGGAGAUCAAAAAACUUGAAAAAAUUGAAAAUGAACCGGAAUUUGACUAUGAAAGUUACAGAAAAGUACUGAAGCAGGCUCAGAGUUAUGAGCUCAGGAAGCAUGAUGUUAUCCUGUGCACCUGCUCGACUGCACUGAACCCAAACCUCAUCAAGACCAUGGACUUUCGACAGAUCCUCAUAGAUGAAUGCGCCAUGGCCACGGAGCCUGAGGCCUUCAUCCCACUGGUCUCUCAUAAACCUGAGCAGAUCGUGCUCCUUGGCGACCAUAAGCAGGUUCGGCCAAUCGUAGGCUGUGCUCGGGUGAAGGAGCUGGGCAUGCAGACCUCUCUGUUUGAACGAUAUAUGAAGGAGGCAGUGAUGUUGGACACACAGUACAGAAUGCAUGAGAGUAUCUGUGAGUUUCCCUCUAAUGAGUUUUACAAUGGCAAGCUGAGAACUGGAGCUCAGCGAGGACCUUGCCGCCUGCUGAACAACAAGAACAAUCCGACAGCCAUCCUGUUCGCUCACGUCCAGGGAGAGGAGGUCAGUCUGAUCGUUUCAACGCCGACCGGCAACGAAAACUCUGUGUCCAAUAAACUCGAGGCAGAGCAAGCGGUCCGUGUUGCUGAUUUGUUGGUUCGUCAGUCUGGUGUGAAACCAGAAGACAUAGCCAUCCUGACUCCCUACAAUGCACAGGUGUGUACAAUCAAACAGCUGCUGGAGAAAAAGAGUGAGAAGAGGGAAGACAUGCAGGGGGUCACGGUCUGCACCAUCAUGAAGAGCCAAGGGAGUGAGUGGCCGUAUGUGAUAGUCUCCACAGUUCGCUCUUGUCCUCUGUCUGAGAUUAAAAGCAGUAAGAACAAAGGGAGGAUGGGGAAGAAACUCGGGUUCAUUACGGACCCCAACCAGGUCAACGUCGCCAUCACACGUGCACAGGAUGGACUCUGCAUUCUGGGUAAUCGUCAGCUGUUGGAGUCCAGCCAGCUCUGGAAGAAACUGGUGUCUCAUUAUGAAAGACAGAACUGUGUGGUGAAUUCAGCUGAAAAUAUAAAAGUUGACAAUGUCAAGCACAGACAUUGACUAGUGUACUCAUUUCUGUGCUUAUGUAAAGGAAUAUAUAUUUUGUAUCUAACCAUAUAUAUAUUUUAUAUAAUUUUUUUCUAAUCUAUUUUAUUAUUCAAGGACAUAACAUGCAGUAUAAAUCAAAUGUUUGUGAGCCCCUUCCAUAAAAAUACAGCCAUCACUGUAACACCUGAGCAAAUGCACAAAUACAGCUUGUAGAGAAGUACUGCCUUCCAAUAAAGAUGAACCUAUUUGCUCCAUCCA